AUGUCCCAGACCACCACCACAGAAGAGGGCGGGACCUUUGAGCACCUGUGGAGCUCUCUUGAGCCCGACAGUACGUACUUCGAGCUGCCUGCGGAGGGACAGUCCCAGAGCGGAGACUCUUCUGGGCCUCAGCGCUCCUCUGACGUCUCCAUGGAGGUCUACCACAUGAGGGACAUCAACCACAACGUCAUGGUUCAGUACAGGUUUGGUCAAUCAGUGUAG